CUUGUGUAGGCACUCUUAAACCGGAGCAUUUACGCACGGCAGUCAGUCGUUAACGGACAACCUGAUGUCGGUGCUCCUCUGUCUACUCGCUGCCUAAUCUCCACUUUAAAGAGCAGCGAUAAAGGGACAAGUGGGCAUAUCCAGAGAGAGGAGAAGACAGCGGGGGAGACGAGAGUAAGAGAAAGAGAAGAAUGAUGAAAGGGGGGAGGAGAGCGGAUCAUUCCGCCUGGCCGCCCCUGCUGCUCUAGUGGAGGGUAGAGAGAGAGAGAGAGAGCGAGGGGAGAUGGCACAACGCCUCAGCAUCCAAAACACACGGGAGUGGUGCGCCACCGAGACCGGAGCCCCGGACCCACCCGAAGAAGCAUCACAUCCACCGCUCUCCCGUCACGCCUCCUCCCCGCACGGUAGCGCCUCAGCCUCGUUGAGAGACAUUAAUCAUCACUCGCUCCAUAACUACGUGUGAUUCCUCCGUGAGGAUUGUAAGCAGAGUACGUCGACUGCGUUCCCUCAAUGAAGACCCUUGUUCCCCGACAUCCGGUGCAGCUCCCUUCUUCAUCUGCCAUGGUGACAUGACGUACCCUUGAGUGGCUUUGCUCCUUUCUCACACUCAUACACACAGACAAUCUCUUGGGUUCGUCAAACCCCCAAACUCGACACUCUCUAGCCUCCAGCAAACUAAAAAAGACAUCUCCUCCUCCUACGCACAACACCUCCCCAGUUUGCGAUGACGGUGGCUGUGCGAUUCCGUCGCCACUUACGUAGGCUCCUACUCCUGCUGGCUUCAUGCUGUCUCCUCUCCCUCGUUCUCUCUGCUUACUUUCUUUUUACGAACUCCUCCCCUUCCAUGCAGCUUGGACAAUCUCCUGAACCUGCCUGCUCCCAGCCGCUAUCCAUGUCUCCUUACCGCCAACUCCCAUACCCGUACCCACCUAAUCCCCCUCACACACAUGUUCACACUGACCCAGUAGUUCUGGUGCUGGUGGAGUCUCAAUACUCCCAGCUGGGUCAGGACAUUGUCGCUAUAUUGGAGUCAGCACACUUCCAGUUUCGCAUGGAGAUUGCCUCCGGGAAAGGCGACCUUCCUCCGCUGACAGAAAAGGGCCGUGGACGAUACUCGCUAAUCAUUUAUGAGAAUCUGUUAAAGUAUGCACAUGCAGACACAUGGAACAGACAGCUGUUGCAUCAAUACUGUACUGAGUACAGAGUGGGCAUCAUAGGUUUCUACCGCUCUACUGAGAACUCCCCCCCUCUUCUCAAGCUCCGAGGCCUCCCGCUGGUGUUAAGGACCAACCAGGCGCUUUGGGACUGCUGUGUGGUGUCUAGCUCUCCCCUCCUCCACCUGACCAAGCCCAGCACAGAUCGAGGGGCCCUACCUGGGGAGGACUGGACCUCUUUCUCCUCCAAUCACUCCACAUACCAGGCUGUGCUGCAUGCACGGGCCAAGGAGGGGGCAGGGGCAGGUAGUGGUGAUAAUCCAGGGCCUGGCUUCAGUUCAGGCCUCCAAGCCACUGUGGUACAGGACAUGGGACUGUAUGAUGGGGUGAGGAGGGUACUGUUUGGCCAGGGACUGGGCUACUGGCUCCACAGACUCAUCCUGGUGGAUGCCAUCUCCUACCUCACAGACAGGAAGCUUACUUUGGGUCUGGACCGGCACAUACUGGUGGAUAUUGAUGACAUCUUUGUCGGGAAGGAAGGGACACGCAUGAACGCCAAGGAUGUGAAGGCUCUUCUUGAUGUUCAGAAACAGCUGCGUUCUCAGAUCUCCAACUUUACCUUCAAUCUUGGCUUCUCUGGGAAGUUCUACCACACAGGGACAGCGGAGGAGGAUGAGGGGGACGAUUUGCUGUUGAAGUAUGUGGAUGAGUUCUGGUGGUUCCCCCACAUGUGGAGCCACAUGCAGCCUCACCUCUUCCACAAUGAGUCCUCACUGCUGGAGCAGAUGGUCCUCAACAAGGAGUUCGCUCUGGAGCACAACAUCCCAGUGGACAUGGGCUACGCCGUGGCCCCUCACCACUCAGGUGUCUACCCGGUGCACCUGCAGCUGUAUGAGGCUUGGAGACGCGUGUGGAACAUCCGGGUCACCAGCACCGAAGAAUACCCCCACCUCAAGCCUGCACGCUAUCGCAAGGGCUUCAUCCACAGCAACAUCAUGGUGCUGCCUCGACAGACGUGUGGCUUGUUUACUCACACCAUCUACUAUAAGGAAUACCCUGGCGGACCUAAAGAACUGGACAAAAGCAUCCGUGGGGGAGAGCUGUUUCUCACAGUGCUACUCAACCCAAUCAGUAUAUUCAUGACCCACCUUUCUAACUAUGGCAAUGAUCGACUGGGUCUUUACACGUUCGUCCACCUGGCCUCCUUUCUUCGAUCGUGGACAAACCUGAAACUCCACACACUCCCACCCCUGCAACUCGCCCACAAAUACUUCCAGCUUUUCCCCGAACAAAGGAACCCUCUCUGGCAGAAUCCAUGUGAUGACAAACGACACAAAGACAUCUGGUCUAAAGAGAAAACCUGUGACAGGUUACCCAAGUUCAUGGUCAUAGGACCACAGAAAACAGGAACGACAGCACUUUAUCUCUUCCUACUCAUGCAUCCCUCCAUCUCCAGCAACUUCCCCAGUCCAAAGACUUAUGAGGAGGUCCAGUUCUUCAACACCAACAACUACCACAAAGGAAUUGACUGGUACAUGGAGUUUUUCCCUGUGCCCUCUAAUGUUAGCACGGACUUCCUGUUUGAGAAGAGCGCCAACUAUUUCCCCUCAGAGGAGUCCCCAAAGCGAGCUGCGGCCCUGCUGCCCAAGGCCAAGAUCAUCACCCUGCUCAUCAACCCCUCUGACAGGGCCUACAGCUGGUAUCAGCAUCAAAGAGCUCAUGAGGACCAUGCUGCCCUGCGGUUUACCUUCUAUGAUGUCAUCAGUGCAAGACCGGGAGCACCAGCCGAGCUGCGCUCCCUACAGAGCCGCUGUCUCAUCCCCGGUCUUUACUCCACACAUCUAGAGAGGUGGCUCACGUACUACCCUGCUAACCAGGUGUUGAUCAUAGAUGGCCAUCAGCUGAGAACUGACCCUGCAGCAGUAAUGGAUGAAGUGCAGAAGUUCCUAGGAGUCACUCCUCAUUUCAACUACUCCCAGGCCCUUACGUUUGACCCUCAGAAGGGUUUUUGGUGCCAACUCCUUGAGGGAGGAAAGACUAAAUGUUUGGGAAAGAGCAAAGGGAGGAAGUACCCUCCUAUGGAGCCGGAGGCACGUGCAUAUCUCUCCAGGUACUACAGGGAACACAACGUGGAGCUGUCAAAGCUGCUACAUCGCCUCGGACAGCCCCUUCCCUCCUGGCUAAGAGAGGAGCUGCAGAAGGUCAGCAGCAUUAAACUCUAUGACACACAUAUCACGACAAUGUAAAGGAAAGUUAAAAUGUCUAAACAAAUUUUUAUCAGUGUAUUGGUUUGGGCUAAAUAGUGAAAAAAAAAACGUUAUUAAAACCCCUGAAAGCAGCACUUUAUAUCAUUAAAUUAAAAUUUAUAAAUAAGCAACAAUUAACGUUAAACAGUGGAAAAAAAACUCUUUCUUAUUAUUUAUUAGGACUUUGAAAUCUGCUACAUCAGCACUGUGUGGGUGUGGUUUGGUCAGAUUUGAGCAGCAAUGCUGGCAACAUAAGCAAAUAACCCAUCAAGUCAUUAAAUUUUGAUGCAAAUGUUGCUGGACUCAGUUUGGUGCAGAGAAAUACAUGACAUCACCUUUUCAGCUGUGCCCCACAAACAAGCCGGUGAGAAAAGCAAGAACUAAAACCGCAAAAUGGAAAUUUCUCAUGUGAAACAACCAAAAGCUGCUCCAGCUCAGGUAGGAUCCAGCGUAAGCACUCAAUUGAGAAUGAAAAUGUUAGGAUAGAGUAAGAAUGGAUGAUGCAACACACAAAUGAAACACAAAUAUAUUCCUGGCUUACAGAGGAAUUUUCUGAGCUUGAUUACCUCGUAAUCCUGUCAAGCUAUUCAAAGCAUUCACUUAAAUGAGGCUUCGUAGUGUAAGUGCUUUUUGUGACAUCAGUCUCACCUUGAUCUCUGCAGAGCUCUUUUUGAUUCUGUCGUGCUCAACAUCUUCUUUUAGUCUGCAGAUUUGUCUGUGCUGCUGUUUUAUCGCUGUUGAUGAAUCACAGGGAGUCCGCCUAAGUUUUCCAGUCCAUUCACAGCAUUCACAUCACGUUCUUGUUCUUAUUUUCACGGUUGGUAUUUGAAUCUAAGUAAACAAAGUGUAAUUAAAUUACUUUUUCCCUCUCUCUUUCCCUCUUCCCUGUGAUUCCCUCUCAAUCCCCUCUCUCUCUCCACCUCUUUCUUAAGGUUAGAUAACCUUUGCAUCCAUGAGCCAGGGUUAAAGGUCAAGGGGUCAAAGACCAGGAAGCGACCAGGAGCACCUGGCCUUCAGAUGCACUGUCUGUGGCCUUUUAGUGAACCCUGAGGUGAAGGCAAGGACAGGGUGCCUUGUUUCUCCUAGGGACUGUGACACUGCUGAAGGCAGCAGAAGUCAAGGAAGCGCAAAGAAACUCUGUGGGCUGAAACUGAACUCUUGAAAGGAUGGAUGGGUGGAUGAGUGGAUGGAUGGACGAAUGGGUGAAUGAAUGGAUGGAGUGACAGUUUCAGAUGAUUGAGACAGCUCUGAAGAAAGUGGGACUUGAAGGAAGGACCACGUUAUGAUGAUGAAGAGAACUAUAGGAGACAAGGAGCAUUUGGCAACUCUUUGGUGCCCGAACCCUGUCCUGAACUGUGGCGAACUCUCGUGCAGACCUGCAGCGACUUUUGAUGGUUAUUUCUUUUUGUUUUACUUCCACCUUUAAUUUAUGAUGCCAGAACAGCGCUGGUCAGCUGUGCGUGGUUCCCAUAGAGAUGAGUUUGCACUAAGUUCUGUUCCAUGUAUCUCCAAGACAAAAAAAUGCACCCUAUGUGGUUUGGUUUUACUUUUUAUAGUUUUUUUUUUUGUCCCAGUGAGAGAGAAUAAGCAGGGAGGAUAAGUGCAUAGACUCAGGGUGAGUGACAGGAUGUUACUUCCCAUGGUAGGCUCUCAUUGCUUUGCGAGUUAAUUUUUUAAAGUGAAGCUAGUUUUUGGUAGAUCUGGUAGCCUUGUUCACCCUUAGAGAUGUCACUUGAGGCUUUCACUGG